GCUGUGAUCCAGACGCCGAAUCACAUGAGCCGAGAUCUGUUUACAAACUGAGCAGGAGAGAAGUCAUUGGCACCGUUACGUUGAGGCAGACUUGGUGGACUGGGCAAUAGGAAACACAGGUUGUUCUGGAGAAUGUGUUGUGUUCUUUGUUUUUUCGGACAGGAGAUGCCAAGCCAGAUGGUGUGAAGAAGACAGCCUGAUGCCUCUCACAGCUUGAAUAGGGUACAUUUACGUGGUCUCGCUCUGACUGCUGUGUGCCAAAGCUCAUCUUUUUCUUUGUUACUGAGGGAGACGGUCGAUUGUGAGGGAUUAUCUUGAGGGAGACACAGGAGGACCAUAGGAAAGUGGUUGAGGACAGCAGAGGAAGGGAUGCCUGUGUGAUAAAGACGUACAGAGAACAGACAAGUUCUGCAUAAUGACCACAGACAUCAGUAGUCAUCUUGCACUCAAUGUUUAUGACAUCGUUCUUGGGAUAGGCCUCUUCAUCUUCAUCUUGAGCAUGAUCUUCUGUUGUUACCUGCUCAGACUGAGGCGACAGAGCACACAGGAGCAAUAUGGAUAUAAUGAGGUUGUCUUAAAAGGUCCAGGAAAAAAACUGAGCCUCCUCGGACAGACCUGUGCAGUCUGCCUGGAGGAGUUUCGGAGCCGGGAUGAACUGGGAGUUUGCCCCUGUUCUCAUGCUUUUCACAAAAAGUGUCUGGUAAAGUGGCUGGAAAUUCGCAGUAUCUGCCCCAUGUGCAACAAACCCAUCUGCAGGCUCCAGCCAGGCCUUCCACAGGGAGCCGAAGGACCCCAGAACCCCCUAGAGGUGUAACAAAAAAAGGACAUUGCUGGUCACUGAUAAGAAGCUUUCCAUGUGUAUCACACACGUAUGAUAAGAGUUUUAAAAUCACCACACUAAUGAAGAUGGUUGUCUGUACGUCCCUGAAAAACCUGACUGCCCCUGUCCACCAAUUACAAGAUUUCUCCUGCACAGAUGGGGGGAGGUGAUGGAUGGGGUUCAUGCUAGCUUCCAGCAAUACAGAUUAUGCACUGAAGUCCAACAGAAGAGAGAAAUAUUGAGAAUAUUCAGAAACAGUCUUGAAAAGUUGCACAGAAUAUAUGGUCUGAUGGACAUUGUGCAAUAUUUAGGCACAAAGCUUCAAUCUAAGUGUGAGGAUUCACUAUUAUAGCAGCAAGGUGGCUUAAUAGGAGUUAAGGAAUUCUCAGUUACAGAUUCAAGGUUAUGAAGAGUUUACUAACUUAUGUGAUCUGUGAUCUCUUAAAUCUUUACUCCUGCCAACAUUAAGAUUUGAACUCAUGAGCCCACUUGGUAGUUUAUGGUGAAAAGCCAUGUUGUUGUAUCAACCCGUAGGGUUUCGAUUUGGAUAAGAUGGAAAUUAGGUUUAAUUUAUUUAAGGUAUUAAGUUUCGUACUAUAAACGGCACAAUAAAAUGUUUUUGUGAUGGAAGAUACUGUUGUGUUCAUUUUAAUGUAAAUGAAUUUCUAAUUUCAAUAAAGACAAGUGUCUUGUUUAUGCA